AUGAAGGAUCGUAUUUCCAUACUUCAGGCACAAUUUCUUUUCAGAACCUCCUUCCUACCCGACGAUGCAUUAUUAACAAAAUUGCUACCAUACAUACAAUCACAGCGUAUCUCGAAAUGGCCCCAACUAUCCAAAUCAUCUCUAUGGACAUCAUUCAGCAAUGAAUAUCUCGAAAUUAUGUCUUAUAGUAACUUUAUUAGAAAACGAAGACAGCUUUUGAUUGACAACCACCGUUCGAAGCUUCAAGAAAAACAUUCUAAACGUCUGUCCCACUGCCAUAAUGAUCUAAUUGUCGGCCCUAUUCUUCGGAUACCAAUGACAAGAAGUGAACGGCCUCGCUGCGUGCGAUGGCGACUUGGCUGGUUACCUCUUGGUAAACUCCACGCCUGUCCCUUUCAUCCAAAUGAACUUUUUUCACGUCAGCGUAGUUUUUCUUGUUUAGAUAUGCACAACCGCCUUCAGAUGUCCAAAUCUAUUGACGAUUCACUUUCCUAG